AUGCUCGCGGUGCCGGGUCAAGCGGCUGAACGAGGACCCCGAGAUGCUUGUCCGGUACCAGACGUGUGUGAACUGCCGCAACAAGCGCAAGGUGAAGGAGAAAAAAGUGCGGUCGCUGUCGAAGCUGCCGAACCUGUCGGACGACUGGGCGCAGUACCAGCACAAGGUGUCUCUGAACACGCAAAUCGACCUGUACCAGCACAACUACAGAAACUACACCGACAAAGAGCUGUUCCCGCGGUACCGCCGGGAAGAGCUGACCGAGGAGAUCGUCAAGGAGAUGUCGGAGCUGGUGGUAAACCACUACAUUGCGCCGCUGCAGAUGCUCACCGGGUUCAAGUUUGCGAUCCGCGACCACCACAAGCCGAACCUGGCCGACCCAAACCCGAACAAGAGCAAGAAGAUCACGUGGAUGUACAUCUGCUCGCAGGACAAGUACCGGCAGCGGAAGAGCCGGAGCGAGAACAAGCGGCAGGUGGUGAACAAGCUCAAGACAGAGGAGUGCGACUCCAAGAUCACGCUCAACUACGACCUCGUGACCGGGGUCGUGCAGCUCAGCUACAACCACAAGCACCACGCGCCGCUCAACUGGAAGAAGGACGGGUCCGAGGAGCUGCAGUUCCAGCUGGGCGACGUGCAGGGCAGACGGAAGUACCACGAGCUGCAGCCGAAGGAGAGCGACGUGACCGAGCUGAGCAAGCUGCUGAAGCAGGAGCCGCUGGACACAAACGAGAUCGUCGAGCUGGCGACGCGCGCCGCGCAGACCGACUCGGGCAGUCAACAGGGCCAGGAACAGCUGUACGACAUUGCGCUGCUGCAGCAGCACCAGCAGCUGCCGUACCACCAGUACCGGGGCGACGAGAACGUGGACGAGAUGCUGCGGUGAGCACGGUUGGCCGGUGCGGACACGGACAAAUACGUAGGCGGAAUAGAUUGCUCGGUGACGUAAGAGGGAGGAAACUGGGGGUGAAGUCCGAGGAGGUGACCUGCACCCCACCGCGGGGGUGCGGCUAG